UUCCUGCGGCUCACAUGUACACAGCACCAAGCUAAAUGAUGGAUUCUUCGAAGAGCAAUGUUUCUACAAAUAUUGGCCCACAAGACACCAGUUCAGACGCCAACGACGAGGAAAAAAGCGACCUGUGUCCCGGUUUUAAGGACGCGGAUGCUUUUGUGAAAUAUGGUUUGGGCGCCGUGUUAUCUGCCACCAAAGCAUCCGCCGGCUUGCCUCAAAGUGGAGAUGAAUAUGAUUUCUAUAGGAGCUUCCCCGGCUUCCAGGAGUUCUGUGAAAGUCAAGGUGAUAAGCUUUUGCACUGCAUGAGUCAGAUAAUGCAUCACCACGGCUGCAGAUCCCACACAAGAGACCGGAACAAGAUCACCGAGCUGGAGGAGAGGUUUGACUUGGUUGUGGACUCAAAUGACGUCAUCCUCGAAAGAGUGGGGAUUCUUCUUGAUGAAGCUGACGGGGUGAACAGGAGCCAGCAGCCUGUCAUGCCUGCAGGGUUUCAGCCUCCCAAGAUUGUAGUUUCCAGCUGGAAUCGCACGGGUUCAGGCUCUGGCAGUCGCGCUGAGAAGUUCCGACUGCUCCACGCCAAAAAUGUCGCGAGGCCUCAGCUGAAAUUCAAGGAGAAAGUUGACAACAGCAACACACCAUUCAUUCCAAAGAUCUUCAUCAAGCCCAAUGCAAAAAAGCCUCUUCCUUCGUAUUUCACAAACAAACAAAUCCGUAAACAGAGACCUGAGGACCUGGAUGUGCCAGCUGCUCUGGCUGACUUCAUUCACCAGCAGAGAACUCAGGAACUCGUUGAAGACAUGUUUGCACAUCCAUACCAAUAUGAGCUAGAUCAUCUGACAAUACCAGAAAGCCUUCUUUCCAAGCCAGAACCGCAGAUGUACAAACCAGUCGCAGAGACCAAGUGCUCCUUCAUUGAUGCCCUGGAUGAUCUGGUGGCUCUGAAUGAGAAGCUGUGCAAGUUGUCUGAAUUUGCAGUGGACCUUGAGCACCACUCCUACAGGAGUUUCCUUGGCAUCACUUGUCUGAUGCAGAUUUCCACCAGAGAGGAGGACUUCAUCAUCGACACCAUAGAGCUCCGCAGCGAGUUGUACAUCCUCAACGAGGCAUUCACUGACCCGGCUAUUGUCAAGGUAUUUCACGGUGCUGACUCUGACAUGGAUUGGCUCCAGAGGGACUUCGGCUUGUAUGUCGUCAAUCUUUUUGACACGCACCAGGCCAGCCGGGCUCUGAACCUGGCCAGACAUUCUCUAGAUCACCUACUCAAACAUUUCUGCAGUGUGGACUCAGACAAACGCUAUCAGCUGGCUGACUGGAGAAUUCGCCCUUUGCCAGAUGAGAUGGUCCAGUACGCGCAGGCAGACACCCACUACCUCCUUUACAUCUACGACUGUGUGAGGGCGAAGCUGUUGGACUCCAACCACGGGCAGCCUGGCCUGCUGCAGAGUGUGUGGAACAAGAGCAAAGACAUUUCUCUGAAGAAAUAUGUGAAGCCUAUAUUCACAGAGGAGUCAUAUUUGGAGCAGCUGAGGAAGCAGAAAAGGUCUUUGAACACCCAGCAGCUCACUGCCUUCAGACUGCUGUUUGCCUGGAGGGACAAGCUGGCCAGGCAGGAAGAUGAAAGCGCCGGAUACGUCCUGCCCCCUCACAUGAUGAUCAAGAUAUCUGAGGAGCUGCCAAAAGAGCCUCAGGGCAUCAUUGCGUGCUGUAACCCUGUACCCCCGCUGGUGAGGCAGCAGGUCAAUGAGCUGCAUUUGUUAGUGCAGCAAGCCAGAGAAAUGCCUCUCCUUAAGGCUGAGGUAGCAGCUCAAAAGACGAAAGGACUCACACCCAUAAGAAAGCCAGAGGUCACAUUGUUUGGCCCGCAUGAUACAUCCAGGGUCUCUGAGAGUGAUCUCCACCACUAUUCUCCUAAUGAACUGCCAGUCAAACAGGGGAUUCUCUUUUCGGAGGAUGAGUGCAAAACGGAUGCUGAUGCACAGAAAAUAAGUGGCCUUUGGGCCCCAGCCAAAAUCACUCAGUUUGAGGAGCUGGAAACACAGAUUGACCAGGAGUCUCUCUCUGUGGCUCAAAAUAAAGCCAGACGCAUCAUCGAGUCUUUUGAAAACCCUUUCAGAAUGUACUUGCCAUCCAGUGAUGUGCACAUCAGCAAGAAUGCCAAGUUUGACCCAUCUUCAAAAAUAUUUGAGAUUAGUAAAAGAUGGAAACUGCAGAGUAUGGAACAGCAACAGAAGGAGUUGGAGGCCAAGAGGAAAGCCAAGGAAGAAGCAAAGGAACACAUGAAGAAAGUGGCAGAGGAAAGAAACAAGGCCAAGCAGAGCUACCAGGAGUCUCUCCAGAAUGUUGCCACUGUUCGCCAGCAAGCGGCGGAAUCUGCAAAAGGCGGCGGAGGACAGAAACGAGAGCGGGUCGCCAGUGAACCCGGAGAGUCAACUCCAAAACCGAGUAAGAAACUAAUGAAAUCUGCAGAGAAACCGGAGAAGACAGAAAUGCCUCCCCAAGACAGCUUCAAGCCCUUCGACUACAGUCAGUCAGAUCUCAAAGUCUUUGCCGGUACCAAAACAAAAGACAACACACAGUUUGAUCCAAACCGGCAAGCCCAUGAUUUUAAGAAGAAGAAAACUCCCAAGGGACAAAAAUCCAAUUUUGGGGAUGGAAACCGAAGUAUGUCGUACCUGGCUGGAAAAUCCGAUAGAGGAUUCCGGCAUAACUGGCCAAAAAGAUAAAACUCUCUUUGAUGCUAUUUUCUGUCUUACUUUAAAACUUUGCUUUUCAUCAUGCAGAAACAAUGUUCCCGUUUUUUUCUGUCUUGAAAGAGAAAUUCAGUAUUUCAAUAUUUAAUGAAUGUCAAAGUGCAUUUUCUUCCAUCUGUGUAACAGUUCACCUUGUAAAUAUGUGGAACCAAGUCCUCUUUAUUAAAGAUGAUUUUAGAGGAAAAAA